AUGGUUCAUAAUAAUUGUAACAAAGAAGAAAAUUAUUUUUUUGAAUUUCAAUACAAAAAAAAAAAUAAAAAUGAAUAUUUUAAUUUAGAAAUUAUUAUAGGAAGUAUAAUAAAUAACAGGGACAAAAAAAAAAGAGAAACAUUUUUCACGUUCAGAAAAAUACUUAUAUAUAUAAUUUUUAUUUAUAUUCUUUAUUUUAUAGAUUAUAAGUAUUUGUUAAAUAAUCAUAGUCAUGAACAAUAUGAAAUAUAUAAAAUAUCGAGCAAUAAAAAAUGGAGACAAUUAUCCGAAUCAUAUGAUUAUUUUCAAGACCCUUUAGACUAUUUUGAAAAUGUGCAAAACAGAGUAAAAUUAUUUUAUAAUAUAGAUAAUAUUGAUGAACUUGAUAUAAAUUUCUUGUAUAAAAAUAUUUUAGAUAAAUCUAAAUUAACAGAUAAAAAAAGAAUAAACCAUUAUGAAAGCAGUAAUAGUUAUAUGGGUGAUAAAGCGAAUAUUAGUUAUGACGAUAAUAUAAGUAGUAUUAAUAUUAUGUGUUGCAAUAAUAUUAAAACUCACAAUAAUAACCCGAGUAAUAAUUAUAAUAUUUAUAACCAGAAUAUAAUAAGAUAUGAUAAUAAUGGUAAAACAAAUCUAUAUGAUACAAAUAACGAUUUUUUUAAACACAAAUAUAAGUCGAAUGAAAGUUUCGAUACAUUUUUAACAAAUGAUCAUAAUGAAAAUGGAAAUUUUCAAGUCUAUGAAAUAUCAGAUGAUGAAAUUAUAUUAACUAAUAUAAAAACUCAUGAUAUGAAAUUUGAAAAAAAUACAAAUAAUAAAUCUAAACAAAAAAGGUUUAAUACAAUUGAUCAUGAAAUAUCUCAUUUAAAUAAAGAUUCAAGUACAAAUAAAAAUUUAUUAAAAAAUAUAUCUAUAUUAAAAUACAUAUAUAAUAAUGGUAAAUGUAAUAUUAAACCCAAAAAGAUUUAUGCUAAAUGUAUUAAAAAAAUUAAAAAAAUCAAAUUCAAAAAAAUAAUUUAUCACAUAUUAUAUAUGCUUGGUAGUGCAUUAACUACAUAUUUGUUUCUUGGUGCUUUAGGCCCAGAAAUGGUUAAUCGUAUUGGUGUUAGUCUUAUAGCAUAUGGUUAA